GAUCCCUCCCUCCGAGUGACAGUUGAAAGGGGGAUGAGCUCUUACCUAACCGGAAAGGUGGUAUUUGCAAGCACCUACGCAUUAGCUACGGCAGAUUUAUGAUUGUCACAAAGUGAAAAUGAAGAACUUAAUGACAAGGCUUCAGUUACCACAGAACAAGCAACCAAGAGUUUAAUAGGAUUGACUCAGCACAUCUCAAAAGUACUUUCAGUUACAUAUGAGGAUAAUUUAUUAAAACAUCAAGCUAUGCAGAAAAACUCCAAGAGGAACAAUAAUUCAAGAGUUUCUGACAUAGAAUUGAAUUCUGUGGAUGCUGAGAAGGGAAAAAACGAGAGUCAAAACAACUUUGUUGAACUGCUGCCUCCAGAAGUAGCUCUUAAAAUUUUCACUCAUCUAGACAUUCGGAGUUUGUGCAGGGCUUCAGCAACAUGCUGGAGCUGGAAUUACACAAUAAGAAACAGUGACUUUUUAUGGAAACCUCACUGCUUGACUGUAAGAGCUGUGUGCCGAAGAGAAAUUGAUGAUGAUCUAGAAAGUGGCUAUUCCUGGAGGGUAAUACUACUGAGGAAUUACCAGAAGAGUAAAGUGAAACAUGAAUGGCUAAGUGGCAGAUACAGCAACAUAUGUUCUCCCAUUAGCCUACCAGAAAAAAUCAUGUACCCAAUGGAUGUGGACACAUGGGGGGAAAUUCUAGAAGCAGAACUGGAAAGAUAAGUGGAAAAAUCAAAUAGAUCUCAUAACUUUGAGAGUUUAAAAUUAAAAUGACUCCUAAGUUGCAGAAGGUGUAUCUUUAUCUGUCCAUUGUUUUUUUGUUCACCUUUUACAUAUUUAACAGGUAAAAAGUGAAGUAGAAAAUAUUAUAAAAGUAAAGCUUUAUUUUAUUUGCACUUUAGUAAAAAAUAUUUUUCUGGUUUAAUGUAAUGUGGAAAAAUCAUGAAAUGUUAUUUUUAUAGGAAUAUAAUGAUAGAGUGAUUUCAAAAUGUAUUGUUUCAUGUAUUACUGUUCGUAUAUCACAGAACUUUAAAUGAUAGAGUUUGAUUGGUAUUUUCUGCCUAAUGAUAAUUCAAAAAUUCUGAAAGCUACUUGAAGAACCU